ACCACAUGAAGCCGUGCUAUAAUUUUGCCGGUUUUCGGGUUCCACACAUGAGGUGAAGAAAUUUUAGCCUUAAUAUAUUUUCGUAAAUUAUUCACAUUACCCAAUAACUUUGAUAAUUGAAAUAUAGCUAAAUAGAUAAUAAAGUUAAAAAAUUAUAAAAUUAUAUUAAAAAAAAAAACAAAAUAGUUCGGAGGAAACUUUUUGAUUGAUGGCGCAACGUGAUUGAGCUGAUUAUGCGGUGGCGUAUAAAUACCCAAACUCCAUUGAACGAGAAAUUCAUCAGAUCCAAAAUUUAACUUCUUAUUUCUGCGAGGAAAUUUGCAUGAACUCCGGUUGAACUUGCGUAGAAUUGCAAAUCUUUUCUCUCAUUUUUCAUUGCAUUUACCAACACCAUUGACAGCGUUCUGAUCCGCCCAGAGUUUCCAGAUCAAGAGUAUUGGAGUUCAUAAUGUUCAGGUCAUCCCCUCGAAGGAAUCAGAGAUCCAAAGGCUUCAAGGUAAAACGUGCUUUACAAAUAUUUCUUUUGCUCGGGGUUUGCGUCUGGCUCGUUUACCAAGUUCAGCAUUCUCGCGGUAAGAAAGCUACUUUCGAUGAGAGCACAAAACGUGAUAAUGUUGUGAAACUAGGGAGAAAGGACCUCCAUCCUCGAGUCGAUGAAAACUUCAUGAGUGAUGAGAGCCAUAAAGAGGUCGAAGAAGACACCAGGAAUGAUCUGGAAAAGGGUGCGUCUGAAAGUGACAGUGAAGAAAAGGGUGGUGGGAAUGAUGAGUUUCAUGAUCAACAAGAAGUUCGGGAGGAAAGUGACAAUAAAGAUUUUGUGGUGGAUAUGGAGAAAGAGAGAGAGGAGAUCAGUGAGGUUAGCAAAGAGACAGAAAUUGAAGAGAACAAAGAUGCGGAAAACGAAAACAAAGGAAAUGAAGAGAUUAAAAAGGGAGAAACUGAUGAUAAGGAAAACGGGGAGACUGAAAAGAGUCAAAGUGAAGAGAUGGGUAGAAGGGGAGGAAGCGAAGAUAAUGGAAAUGAAGAAAGCAAAGAAAAGGAAAAUCCAGUAGAGAAUGGAAAUGAAGAAAGCAAAGAAAAGGAAAAUCCAGAAGAGAAUGGAAAUGAAGAGAGCAAAGGACAGGACAAUCGAGAGGAGAAUGGAAGGGAAGAAAGCAAAGGACAGGACAAUCAACAAGUGAAUGGAAACGAAGAAAGCAGAGAGCAGGAAAAUCAACAAGUGAAUGGAAACGAAGAAAGCAAAGAGCAGGAAAAUCAACAAGUGAAUGGAAACGAAGAAAGCAAAGAGCAGGAAAAUCAACAAGUGAAUGGAAACGAAGAAAGCAAAGAGCAGGAAAAUCAACAAGUGAAUGGAAACGAAGAAAGCAAAGAGCAGGAAAAUCAACAAGUGAAUGGAAACGAAGAAAGCAAAGGCCAGGAAAAUCAGGAAGUGAAUGGAAACGAAGAAAGCAAAGAGCAGGAAAAUCAAGAAGUGAGUGGAAAUGAAGAAAGCAAAGAGCAGGAAAAUCAAGAGGUGAAUGGAAAGGAAGAAAGCAAAGAGCAGGAAAAUCAAGAAGUGAAUGGAAACGAGGAAAGCAAACGCCAGGAAAAUCAAGAAGUGAAUGGAAACGAAGAAAACAAAGGCCAGGAAAAUCAAGAAGUGAAUGGAAACGAAGAAAGCAAAGGCCAGGAAAAUCAAGAAGUGAAUGGAAACGAAGAAAGCAAAGGCCAGGAAAAUCAACAAGUGAAUGGAAACGAAGAAAGCAAAGGCCAGGAAAAUCAACAAGUGAAUGGAAAGGAAGAAAGCAAAGAGCAGGAAAUUCAAGAAGUGAAUGGAAAGGAAGAAAACAAAGAACAGGAAAUUCAAGGAGUGAAUGGAAACGAAGAAAACAAAGAACAGGAAAUUCAAGGAGUGAAUGGAAACGAAGAAAACAAAGAACAGGAAAAUCAAGGAGUGAAUAGAAACGAAGAAAACAAAGAACAGGAAAAUCAAGGAGUGAAUGGAAACGAAGAAAACAAAGGCCAGGAAAAUCAAGAAGAGAAUGGAAAGGAAGAAGGCAAAUCGAAGGAGAAUCAAGAAGAGAAUGGAAAGGAAGAAAGCAAAAUGAAAGAAAACCAAGAAGAAAAUGAAGGUAAAGAUAAGGUAAAUGAGAUGCCGACAGAAGACAUCAAACAAAAUAAAAACGAGGAGAGAAGCCAGAGUAAAGAGAUUGAAACCGAAGACAAGAAUGGAGAAAACAAAGAAAAGGAAAAACAAGAAGAGAGGGGAAGUGAAGAGACUGAGAAAAAAGAAAGCAAUGAUGGAGGAGAUAGGGAGAAGGAGAAUGGUGCCAAUGAGAAGGAAGAGACCAAGGAGAAGUAUAGAGAGGAUGUUGAUGUAGAAACCAAAGAAGGCAGCAGUGAGACCAAGGAAGGUUCUAAGGGUACCAUGGGAGGCAAUGGUAGCGACAACAAGGAGAACAAUGAAAACGAUACAGACAAGCAAGAACAAAAGGAAGGUAAUAUUAAGGGUGUAGUUUCAGCUGAAGCACAGAUUCAAGAUGGGAGUGAGAGGAAUAAUGGCGAUGCAAGAGAAGCACAAUACAAAGGUGAUAAUGCUUCCAUUGCUGAAAAUGGGCAGGAUGGUUUUGCAAAAUUAAAUGAGGUAGAGUCCGUUGAAAAUAAAGAAAACCAUGAGUUUCAGCAUGAGGAUGCAAGGAAGAGUAGCGAAGCUGUUGGUUCUGAUAAAAAUGAGUCAGUCCAAAAUGAAAGUGAAGCUGGAAGUAAUGGAAACAACCAAUCUGAUGUACCAGACAAAGUGACGAAUAACAAUGAAGAGCAGCCAGUGUCCGAGUAUAAAGACCAGCACCAGGAUGAUUCGAUUGCUUCGAAUGAGAAAACUUCUGAUACAAUUACAACAAAUGAAACUGCAAACAACAUCAAUCUCGAUCAAGAUAAUUCAACUUCAAAGCAUAUCGCACUUGAAGAAAAAAAUAAUUUUAACACAUCUCUCAGCGGUGAACAAAAAGAUUCAAGUCCAUCAAAUUCAACUUCCUUUGAUAAUACAGAUACUUCAAAUGAAGAAUCCAAAGAGUCGAAUACUUCUGAGCCUGAUCAAUCAGAUCAUACGAGCCACGAUGAAUAUGAAAAUGCUGGUCAUAGCAACUCAAAUGAUGAUUCUUCUGGUCAAAAGAAUGACCAUGCUAAUGCUUCAGAUAUGUCGAACCCCCAAGAGAAUGAUGCAUCCUCAAACACUAUUGAAGGUACUGGUGCUGGGCAGAAUGACAAUGAGAACGUUGAUCAAAGCAAUGGAAACUAUAAUGAUCAGCCAAAAGAACAAUUUGAUUCUCACAAUGAGGGUAUCACAUUUUCUGACACGAACAACAGUGAGGAUAAGGUUAAUGCCGAAGAUUCUUCAGGAUUUUCUUUGCCUCAGGAAGAGAAGGAUGCUCGUACAGAUUUGGAUACCUUACCCGAGAGCAAAACGGAAGGGAAUAACAAGGAUGAAACAGCUACAGAGUGACAUCUUAUAUUCUCUCAUCUGGAUUUUUCGUCAUUUUGUUUGUUUUCUUUUUCAUAAGGAUCUUUUUUGUUUCUGGUUCUCUGCAGCAAUACGUCCUUUAAGUGAAUAUAUACACACACACGCAUAUGUCUCUUUUUUGGCUUUGCUGCUGGAAGAGUUUUGAAAGCUAGGAUGAUUUCUUUUUCGCAUUUGAUGCUUCAUAUUAGUUCAUGAGGUGGUCUUUUGUGCGUCAAAUUUAGUAUAUACAUUUUUAAUCUUCUUUAUCUUCCAUAAUGUUUGAUGGUAGACACCUAUCGAUAUCAGUUUUCUCCUGUCAUAUGCAUUUCUAUAUUUAAUA